GCGCCUCUUGUGACGCGAGCGCGCUGGGCUCUUAGCGCGGGAAAAGAAAGCGGGUCCGAGCGCCUCCCGAGUGUGGCAGGGGCCCCCGCCCGCCCGCCCGCCAUGGGGCUGCUGGAGCUGUGCGAGCAAGUGUUCGGCAUCGCCGACCUGUACCAGGUGCUCGGCGUGCGGCGCGAGGCCUCGGACGGCGAGGUGCGGCGCGGCUACCACAAGGUGUCCCUGCAGGUGCACCCGGAUCGGGUGGGCGAGGGCGACAAGGAGGACGCAACCCGCCGCUUCCAGAUUCUCGGCAAAGUCUACUCGGUCCUCAGUGACCGGGAGCAGAGGGCUGUGUACGACGAGCAGGGGCUGGUGGACGAGGAGUCCGAUGUGCUCAACCAAGAUCGGGACUGGGAGGCCUACUGGAGGUUACUCUUCAAAAAGAUAACGCUAGAAGAUAUUCAGGCUUUUGAAAAGACAUAUAAAGGUUCUGAAGAAGAGCUGGCCGAUAUUAAACAGGCUUAUCUGGACUUCGAGGGUGAUAUGGAUCAGAUCAUGGAGUCUGUGCUGUGUGUGGAAUAUACUGAUGAACCCAGGAUAAGGAGCAUUAUCCAGCAAGCUAUAGAUGAUGGCCAACUUCCGUCCUAUAAAGCCUUUGUCAAAGAAUCAAAGCAAAAGAUAAAUGCAAGGAAAAGAAGGGCUCAGGAAGAAGCUAAAGAAGCAGAAAUUAGCAGGAAGGAGUUGGGACUUGGUGAAGGACUAGAUAACUUGAAAGCACUCAUUCAGAGCAAGCAGAAGGAUCGACAAAAGGAAAUGGACAGUUUUCUGGCUCAUAUGGAAGCAAAGUACUGCAAACCUACCAAACAAGGAGGGAAAAAGACAGCUCUCAAAAAAGAAAAGAAAUGAUGGAAUUGUCUCUUCAAAAGUUUCUAGGUGUUAAUUGGUGCAAAUAGUUAUAAACAGAGGCCCAGUCCACAUUUGAAGACAAAACUCACUCAACCCUUGAGAAAAGUUGCCUUUCCAGUGUAAGUUAUUUAGAUUAACUAAACCAAGCAGAAGCUCUGACUUUGGUUUAUCCUAGAAAGCCCCUGACAUUGUUUCUUUCCUAGAAGGAGUUUGGUGGUGAUAGUCAGGGAAAAGAGAGCAGCACUUGGCUUCUGUGAAUGCUCUGUACAUGGAACUGUCUGCAUAUAAGGCGUGGUCUGUCCAACCUGCCAUUAACAGAUGCUGUGCUCUGCAGAGAACUGAGUGAUGUGCAUGUUAGUUAGGUUAAGUUUCUGCCUAGUUAGAACUCCUUCCACACUUGUCACCGCCUUUCAAGUACUUGCAGUUUUCCUUCAUCUAAAUUUAUCGCCUUUUUGUUUUUUCCAACCAGGUUUUGUAACUGUUUAGGAGAAACCGUUCUGGUUACUUUAAGCAUCUUUGUAAGACUUAAACAUUAAAUAAAUGACUUGUGUUUUGGACACU